AUGAGCCUUAUCGAACCAAAUCAAACUAUUUUUUGGCUAUUAUGCGACAAAGACAAUGUGUGUUAUUGCGACUGGAGAUUAUAUCUAAAAGAUUGUGUUCUUCAAGACGAACUCCGACAUAUUUUACUAGGAGGAGCCAUAGUUUCGACUAUUGUUGCUGUUGUAGGACAAAGUGUUUGGGAAUACUCUCCAACCACAAACUUUAUUCGACCAAAACCCAUCGAUUCAUUCCUUUUGAUGCUUGGUCUUUACAACGGGCUGCGUGCUAUCCAGACUUAUAUUGUACUUGGAGACGUUUUACAGAAUGUUAUAUUUCGUUCCUUUUUUCAUGAAUUACCAUGGCAAUUUGCAGUUGCAUCCAUGACUUGUUACUUUUUUGGUAUAAUUCAUACCAUUGCUGAAAACCACAAAACACUCUCGAUCAGAUGGAUUCGUCGACCAGUUCUUAUCGACAGAAUCUGCACUGUCUUGAUAAUAUGCCCAUUUAUAACCAACAAUAUAUUCUCCAUAUGUUCUGGAGUUUAUGCACAAAAUGGCAAUUUAAAAAUGGCUUAUAUUUUUUCACGCGUAUUGCAUAUUACCUGGGGUGCCUACUGCGGAUUCGCCUUGUUGAUCAUAUUCCUUUCUGGAAAAAGACUGGUCAGACUUCUUCAAGAGCACCGUAAGAUGAGAAUCAAAAAUAAUUCUGAUAUUGGUGCCAUUAAUGUUGGUAUUAUCAAGGUCAGAGUGGUUGCUUUAGCUGCUUCUGCUGCACUUGUAAUGUUUACAUUCUUGUCAUUUUCGUACGGAGCAGCCCGUAACGAGAUCAUGAUGAGAAAAGGGCUUUCUUUGACAAUCUGUGUGUUUUGGAUGUUCAAUGCCCCUGUUGCAUAUUCUGUGUGCGAAGUUGCCAUUAUCUUGACUCCAAAGCUGACAACGGCACUUGGAUUCUCUGACCACAGUACACACGAAGAAGAGGACGACAUUGCUCGCCCCAGUUCAAAGAUAUUCAACCACAUCCGGUCAUCAUCGCUUCCUCAAAACCAAGUACGGUUUCCAAAAAGAACAUUAUCAAAGAUUGAUACACAACAGAAGAACGGGAACGGGAACGGGAAUGAGAUCGACUAUGUAUUUUCAAAGGACGUUACGAACAGCGAUACAAUUAAUAACGGUUACGGACUCAACAAAGAAGGUCUUGGGGUUGGGGCUGGACAUUACAGCGCAAAUACAAGUCCUGUGCGAUACGAAUUCAAUAAGGUUUCUAGCGAACAUCCCGCAGAUUUUAAUGGCUUCGUAACUGCUCUGGAUGCUCCUCGUCAUCACACAUCAAGGGAGAAAAACAGAGAGUUUUCGACCAAGGCGACGGACACAAUUCCUCUUCAGCAGAUUAGCAGUUCGGAUGACGGAUUCCCACCGGCUCGGUCCAAUUGUCGUUUGUCCCUUGAAUUGGAAGGGACAUAUCCCGUAGGCAACACAUAUGGUAUCGAUGCUACAGUUCAUGGUACAUUUAGUAUAGAGAAACCAGAAGUAAAACAAACUAAACUUGCUAAUAUGCCCCACUAUCUUCCAAAAAACAAGACUAGUAGGACACCAGAUUGGAUUUCAUGUGUUAGCCUGAGUACAAUACAGCAACAUGUAAUCAAUGAUCGAUUGACCAUAUCAGUCUACAUUGAUAAUGAUAGUCCGUGUUUCGGCCAAAAAAGACAGAGCUGCCCAGAGCCAAGAAUUCUCAAGGUCGAUAAUGAGAAGUUUUCCAAGUUUCAUGACAUCACAAUGCAUGUUUUCGAAAACGAAGACGAAGACGAAGACGAAGGUGACAACGGAGACGGGGACAAAGACGGAGACAGGGAAGGAGAACACGAUGGGAGCAACAAGACAUUCCGAGGCCACAAGGUUAUUCUGGCAACAGCAUCCCCUUGGUUCGAGAAUCUACUUCUGAGUGGCAUGGAGCCCAGACUGAACGAGGUGACGAUCCGUGGGGUGGAUCCUGAAAUAUUCAAACGAUUUUUACACUACAGUUACAAGCAAGAAAUAUACAUACGGAGUGUAUCAGAUGCCCUUAAACUCAUCAAGGUAGCUGACAUGCUAAAAUUUGACGACAUUCGGAAAGAUGCAUUCUAUUACCUGCAAAUGAGAAUCAAUAGCGGAAACUUUUGGAGUAUCUGGAAAGCAGCGGACAUGUAUAGCUGUAAAACAACUCAAAAGUUAUGCCAAGUUUUCAUAAGAGAAAAUUGCCCUAAUGUUCUCAGCUCACCAGGAUGGCUUACUGCCGAUUUUGAGUACACUCUGAAGGCCCUUAAAAUAGAUUGCUUACCCGUACCAGUAGAAGAAUCGACGUUCUACGAAGCUGUCAUUGACUGGAGAGAGGCAGCAAUUGAAAGGAUAAGUAGAAAUAAAAGACGAAUGACCGAAAAUGCACAGGCGGCAGCAGCAACAGCAGCAGUACCCCGGAGCCCUGAUAGUGUAUCUUCUGAUGAUAUGACCAAACAUACGACCCAUGAUAUAGGGCGUACCGAGAACAAAUCUAUAAGCGACAGUAAAAGAAAAAAGAUGACGACAGAAGAUGCAUUGUUACUUACUGGUGAUGAGAAAACAAAGAUUGAGCUGGAUAUAAUUGAGCAGCAGUUUUCUACUAUGGUCCAUUGUAUAAGAUUUACUCAAAUGAAGAAAGAGUAUCUGGCUGACGUUGUUGAAACAGAAAAGGCUGUGAUGAAAGUAAACGGUAUCGAACGCUUGCUUAUUAGUGCAUAUCAAUAUAUUGCUUUUGGCGGUAAAAGACCAGUUCCAAAAGAGUUGAUGCCGCGGUACAUCAGUUCAGCUUAA